GCGUUAGCGCCGCAGGUUCGGCAGCGGCUGUGUUUUUUAACCUCUCUCUGCUCGUCUCUCUCUCUCUCUCUCUCCUCCAUCCUCCUCUCUCCCUCCUCCUCCUCUCCUCCGGCCUGUACUCGCACCAUGGCUGGACACUGAGCGGCCCGUCAGCCGGCGACAUGGAGCUCCAUAUCCUCGAGCACAGCCUGAAAGUGGCGAGCAUCGAGAAAGAUGGCAUCCAGGUCUGCACCCACGCUUUGAUCAAACUCGCCUUCCUGGCCUCCAGAACCAGAUGCAAGUUCUUCAGCCUGACGGAGACUCCGGAGGACUACACCAUCAUCGUGGACGAGGAGGGCUUCAAAGAGCUGCCUCAGUCGGAGCACAUCAGCGUGGCGGAUGCCACCUGGUUGGCUCUCAACGUGGUCUCGGGCAGCGGGAACGCCUCCAACUCCCAGCCCAUCGGAGUCACCAAGAUCGCCAAGUCGGUCAUCGCACCGCUCGCUGACCACAACAUCUCUGUGUUCAUGCUGUCGACGUACCAGACCGACUUCAUCCUGGUGCGAGAGCGCGACCUGCCACUGGUCAUGCACACCCUGUCCUCCGAGUUCACGCUGCUGCGAGUGGUGAACGGCGAGACGGUGGCGGCUCACGACCUCGGGGUCACCAACGGCUUCGUCAAACCCAAGCUGGUCCCCCGGCCCAUCAUCCACCCCCUGUCCAGCCCCAGCAACAUGUUCUGCGUGACCAGCCUGGACCCGGACACACUCCCCUCCGUGGCCACGCUGCUGAUGGACGUCAUGUUCUACUCUGGAGGGUCCAAAGAUUCUGCGGCGUCCAGCGAGGACUCCAGUCACAUCCGCUUCUUCUCCUUCUCUCUCAUCGAGGGCUACAUCUCUUUGGUGAUGGACGAGCAGACCACUCAGAGAUUCCCCAACAACGUUCUCUUCACCAGUGCGUCCGGCGAACUCUGGAAAAUGGUCCGGAUCGGUGGGCAGCCGUUGGGAUUCGAUGAGUGCGGCAUCGUGGCUCAGAUCUCAGAACCUUUGGCAACCGCCGACAUCCCGGCCUAUUACAUUAGCACCUUCAAGUUCGACCACGCUCUGUGUUGGUUGAAGCGCAGACUAACCGCCGACCUGUGUGUCGCUGCACAGGUCCCUGAAGAAAACAUCCAGAGUGUGAUCGGUGCGCUGCGGUCGGAGAGCCCCGCGCAGUGACGCGCCGCCGCCACUGGAGGCAGCGACGAGGAACUUCUUAUGGUUUGGCUUUUUUAAACGUUUCCGAAAAGUGCCAAGAACUUGUGAGUGGAUUCUGCGAGCGAGCUGUGAAAGGAUGAAGUGGGACGCCCCCCACAACCCUCCCCCUCCACACCGCCACCUUCCCCAACACAGGGUGGCGCCGGUCCCAUCGAAGCUUCCUCCCGCUCCCUCACAGCCGUACUGUAUUAGCUCCUCAGCCGGAGACCACGAAUGUACUCGAGUUAUUCUUAUUAACACUCAAAACGCUGCGUGAUCGUCCCCCACAGGUCGUUCCAGUGCCAACGCAUUUCCGGACUAACGCCUGUAAAAACCUGUGCAAUUGAAGGAGCUCAUUCACGCGAGUAUUUUCCCGCUAAAACCCAGAGGUCAGCCGGCGGCGUCGGCCAUCUUUGACACUUUUUUAAGCUUUCCGCGAUUCACACUGUGAGCGACCGGCUCUAUUUAUUUACGCUACUUCACCUGCCCCUUUACGCCCGGCUAGCUCAACACUAAACACUGCGUGAGGAAAAGGUUGGCUUUUAUCUGGUUUAUUUAUUUGGCUGUUACCAAGUUGCUAAACACUUUGUUUUUCCUGAUCAAGUUUCCAAUCUUUUAAAUGAUGCUAAGUAAAGUUAGCAUUUCCAACUACUGUAGCAGUGUUGAUUCCAUGUUUAGCUAACAAGUCCUCGCAGUGAACAGAGCGACCGAUGGAUUGUCGUCGAUGGAAGGGCUUUAUUUAAUAAACAAUCGGUGAAUGGUUUCCUCUGCUGUUGCUCACAGUGUGAAUCUUCAUGAAGGUAAAAUGAAGUUUAAAAACAUAAGCUCACCAACGACAGUCUGCACUUUAGCGCAGGUCACGCACCCACGUACGGAGGACCCAAGUGGCCCGGACAGAACCCUGUCGCCAGUGAACGCACCGCGAGGACAUUUCAGCCGAGGCUCACAGCCUGCAGGUGGAGCUGUUGAGCGCCACUUCCGUCGUCCGUACAGUGCACCUGCCCGACUACUGUACUUGUGUCAUGAUCCUUUUUUCGUUGUUGUCGGUCGUGAACGUUUCUUUCUCCUCGAUAUCUGAUCAGUGUUAAAGUUCUCCACUUCAGACCUUUUCGUUGAACCAGCGUGUCGUUUCCACUGGGAUGUCCACACUGUUCCGUUACUGAUGAAAUAAACUGCUGACGUUUCUGCUGAA